AUGUUGGAUCCGUCAUCCAGCGAAGAGGAAUCGGACGGGAUAGUAGAGGAGGAAAGCAAAGAGACGCUGGCGCCGCAGUCUGGAGGUUCUCGCGUGUCGCCGAGCAGAGGCAGCGAGAGCACGGAGCGACUGCAGCCUGGGGGCCGAGGGAGCAGCGCGCGCCCCAGCAGCCCGAGCCCGUCUGCGGCCAGCGAGCACGAGAAGGAGGACGUCGAGAAGCUGCAGCGGGAGGAAGAGGAGAGGAAGAAGCGCCUGCAGCUCUACGUCUUCGUCAUGCGAUGCAUCGCGUAUCCGUUCAACGCCAAGCAGCCGACCGACAUGGCGAGGAGGCAGCUCAAGAUCAGCAAGCAGCAGCUUCAGACCACCAAGGAUCGCUUUGAGUCUUUCCUCAAAGGAGACACUCAGAUUGUAGCAGAUGAGGCCUUCAUCAAUGCAGUUCAGAGCUACUAUGAGGUGUUUCUGAAGAGCGAUCGUGUGGCUAAGAUGGUCCAGACUGGAGGUUUUUCUGCUGUGGACUGCCGUGAAGUCUUCAAACGCCACAUUGAAAAGCGCGUCCGCAGCCUGCCUGAGAUUGACGGCUUAAGUAAAGAGACGGUCCUGAGUUCCUGGAUGGCCAAGUUUGAUACCAUCUACCGCGGGGAUGAGGACCCACGCAAGGCUCAGCAGCGCAUGACUGCUAGUGCUGCAUCCGAGCUCAUCCUCAGCAAAGACCAGCUCUAUGAAAUGUUCCAGCAGAUCCUUGGUAUCAAGAAAUUUGAGCACCAACUGCUGUACCAGGCCUGUCAGUUGGAUAAUCUGGAUGAACAGGCCGCUCAGAUCAGGAGGGAGUUGGAUGGGCGUCUGCAGAUGGCUGAUCAGAUUGCCAGGGCAGGCAAGUUUCCCAAGUUUGUGUCAAAGGAGAUGGAGGCCAUGUACAUUGAGGAGCUGAAGUCAUCUGUAAACCAGCUGAUGGCUAACCUUGAGAGCAUGCCUGUGUCCAAGGGAGGAGAGUUCAAACUUCAGAAACUGAAAAGAGGACACAACACAUCCAUCAUCGACAUGGGCCAGGAAGAUGAGAACCAGCUCUCUAAGUCAGAUGUGGUUCUCUCCUUCACACUUGAGGUAGUGAUCAUGGAGGUGCAGGGGCUGAAAUCUCUGGCCCCAAACCGCAUUGUGUACUGUACUAUGGAGGUAGAGGGAGGAGAGAAGCUACAGACGGACCAGGCUGAGGCUUCCAAACCAACAUGGGGGACUCAAGGAGACUUCACCACUACACACCCUCUGCCAGCAGUGAAGGUCAAACUGUUCACUGAGAGUACAGGAGUGUUGGCCCUGGAGGACAAGGAGCUGGGCAGGGUUGUCCUUCACCCGACCCCUAACAGUCCAAAGCAGUCUGAGCUGCAUAAGAUGACCGUGACCAAGGCCUGCCCAGACCAAGACUUGAAGAUCAAGCUGGCUGUUCGCAUGGACAAGCCCCAGAACAUGAAGGCUUGCGGGUACUUAUGGGCUUUUGGGAAGAAUGUUUGGAAGCGCUGGAAGAAGCGCUUCUUUGUUCUGGUCCAGGUGAGCCAGUACACUUUUGCUAUGUGCAGCUAUCGGGAGAAGAAGUCAGAGCCACAGGAGCUGCUACAGCUGGAUGGGUAUACUGUGGAUUACACUGACCCACAGCCAGGUUUGGAUGGAGGCCGUGCUUUUUUUAACGCCGUCAAGGAGGGCGACACUGUGAUCUUCGCCAGCGAUGAUGAGCAGGACCGCAUCCUAUGGGUGCAGGCCAUGUACCGGGCUACCGGCCAAUCACACAAGCCGGUCCCGCCCACCCAGGUCCAGAAACUCAACUCCAAGGGCGGGGCAUCGGCACAGAUGGAUGCACCAAUUUCUCAGUUCUAUGCUGAUAGGGCACAGAAACACGGCAUGGAUGAGUUUAUCUCAGCUAACCCGUGUAGUUUUGACCAUGCCUCACUGUUCGAGAUAGUGCAGAGGCUCACGCUGGACCACAGGCUCAAUGACAACUUUGCAUGCCUGGGUUGGUUUAGUCCAGGUCAGGUCUUUGUUCUGGAUGAGUACUGUGCUCGAAAUGGUGUGAGAGGAUGCCACAGGCACUUGUGCUACCUUAGGGACCUGCUGGAGCGAGCAGACACAGGUCACAUGAUUGACCCAACACUGCUGCACUACAGCUUCGCUUUCUGUGCCUCCCAUGUCCAUGGCAACAGACCUGAUGGUCUUGGAACCGUGAUAGUGGAAGAAAAAGAGCGCUUUGAGGACAUCAAAGAACGGUUACGUGUUCUGCUGGAGAACCAGAUCACAAACUUUCGGUAUUGUUUUCCAUUUGGUCGUCCUGAGGGAGCACUGAAAGCCACCCUGUCUCUGCUGGAAAGGGUUCUGAUGAAGGACAUUGUGACCCCAGUGCCACAGGAAGAAGUGAAGGCUGUCAUUCGUAAAUGCCUGGAGCAGGCAGCUCAAAUCAACUACCAGCGCAUUACUGACUACGCCAGAGUGGAAGGAAAAAAGAGGGAAAUGUAUGAUCACCCUGUCUACUCCUUGGCUACACAAGUGAUGGAUUUAACCAUCCAGAAUGUAGCAAACCUAGCUACCCCUGCCAAAAAACUGGAGCAUGUCAUCCGCCUGGCAGAGUUGGUCAUUGAGGUUCUUCAGCAAAAUCAGGACCAUCAUGCUGAGGCCUUUGCCUGGUGGUCAGAUCUGAUGGUGGAGCAUGCCGAGCACUUCCUGUCCCUUUACGGUGUCGAUAUGGAUGCAGCUCUUGAGAUCCAGUCUCCUGAAAGCUGGGAUAGUUUCCCUCUCUUCCAGCUCCUCAAUGACUUCCUACGGACUGACUACCAUCUGUGCAAUGGGAAGUUUCACAAGCACCUGCAGGACCUGUAUGCGCCACUGGUGGUGCGAUACGUCGAUCUAAUGGAGUCCUCCAUUGCUCAGUCCAUUCACAGGGGCUUUGAACGCGAGUCCUGGGAACCAGUGAAGAGUUUAACAAGUAAUCUACCCAAUGUGAAUCUACCAAAUGUGAACCUCCAAAUUCCCAAAGUACCAAAUCUUCCUGUGCCAGUAGCAGGACUAUCUGUUAACCUUCCACAAAUGCCUAGCUUUUCCACUCCAUCCUGGAUGACUGCUAUUUAUGACUCUGAUAAUGGCUCGGGGACAUCAGAGGAUCUGUUCUGGAAGCUGGAUGCCCUGCAGACAUUCAUCAGAGAUCUGCACUGGCCUGAGGAGGAGUUUGCCAAGCACCUAGAAAAUCGGAUGAAGCUCAUGUCCAGCGACAUGAUUGAGUCCUGUGUUAAACGCACCAGAGCAGCAUUUGAGUCCAAGCUGACCAAAAGUAGCCGUUCUACAGAUUUCCGCAUCCCACUCGCCUUAUGCACCAUGUUCAACGUGAUGGUGGAUGCCAAGGACCAGUCAGCUAAACUGUGUGCCAUGGAGAUGGGCCAGGAGAAACAGUAUCACUCUAAAAUCGAUGACCUCAUUGAAGAGAGUGUGAAGGAUAUGAUUUCACUUUUGGUAGCUAAGUUUGUGGCUAUUCUGGAAAGUGUUCUGGCCAAGAUCUCUAGGUAUGAUGAAGGAACUCUCUUCUCUUCCUUCCUUUCCUUCACGGUGAAAGCAGCAUCAAAAUAUGUGGAUGUCCCUAAGCCAGGAAUGGAUGUUGCUGAUGGCUAUGUGACCUUUGUUCGUCACUCUCAGGACAUACUGCGAGAUAAGGUCAAUGAGGAGGUGUAUAUAGAGAGGUUAUUUGAUCAAUGGUAUACAGCCACCAUGAAUCUGCUGGGGACUUGGCUCACUGACCGAAUGGAUCAACAGCUCCAUGUCUACCAGCUCAAAAUCCUCAUCAGGAUUGUAAAGAAAAAAUAUCGAGAUUUUAGGCUGCAAGGCGUUCUUGACUCAACGCUGAACAGCAAGAUGUACGAGACGGUACGGAACCGGCUCACUCUGGAAGAGGCUACUGCCUCGGUCCGAGAGGGUGGCAUGCAGGGCAUUACCAUGAAGGACAGCGAUGAAGAGGAUGAGGAGGAUGAUUAGAGCACCAAGCCAUGUGGUGUGCUCUAAACCUGAGCCUCUCUGACCCCUACACCACCCUACCCUUUCCCCAUAGCCUGGUAAAAGA